CGUUGCCUCUCUCUUCUUCGUGUUGUUGGGCGUUUCUCCUAGAAGGAGAAGAGACGAACUCGACGACCAAACUUCAAAGCCUAUGACUUUUCACUCGUUGUCCAAAUCUCUCUCUCUUGGUCGAUUGAUUCAUUCUACGUUGUAGAUGAUCAUGAAUUUUUUUUUUAAAUUUUCGUGCACCAAAUAAUCUUGACUUUUUGAAUUUGCGUAAAAUUCAAGCACGCCUUUCACAUCGUCCUGGGUUUCUUCGUUUUAGUCGACGUUGAGUUUAUCAAAAUUACGGGCUCUGAGUUUUUUUUUUUCCUCCCUUUUUUUCCUUUUUCUUUCCUUUCCCGUGUUGUAAAAUUCUUAGAUUCUUCCCAAAUUUGAAAAAGGAAAAGUAAAGGGUCUUUUUAGAUUCUUUUGUUCUUGCGGUUUUUUGAUUAUUUUCAUACAAACCCAAAAGCAGAGCGGCAGAGAAAGGGGAGAACACCAGAAAAGCUUUUGUGAUUUUGGCGUUUCACAAUCACAAGCAUAUUAGGAGGAUCUUAUCUGAUCUUGGGCUUUCCCUAAAAUCCGCAGGUAACGCGAUUUACUUCUCCUUCGUUUUCGUGAAUCCUGUAAAUCUGUUCAAUGCGACAAAUUCGGAGGCUUUAUCGUACCUUUGUAGCUGAACUGCUUGCUAAUUCCAUGGUGAACGGUGAAAGCGGCAUUGUUUUUAGGCAGAUAGCAUUUGGUGUUAUGGGCUGGUUUAGCAAGAUCUUCAAAGGUUCUAACCAAAGGCUCCAAGUAGGGAAUCCUCACUCAGAUUUUUACGGAAAUUCUCCUAAUGCCUCUUCUCUCGGAGAUGAACCUGGCGCGGAUGCUGAUGGAGAUGAGCGUCAUACACAUGAGCCAUCGACAUCUGGGGAUACAUUGACUGACCAGGAAAAUGAAGAUAUAGAUCAUGCAAUUGCACUGUCUCUUUUAGAAGAGAACCAAAUAAGGAAAGGUCCAGUUGGUAACCAGUCACUGUUGGACGAAGAUGAGCAGCUUGCUAGGGCCAUACAAGAAAGUUUGAUAGUGGGGACUUCGCCCCGUCACAAAGGGGGAAGUACAUAUGACAACGGUAAUACGUAUGGAACUGGAAAUGUGUACGGGAAUGGGCAUAUGUAUGGUGGCGGGAAUAUAUAUGGGAGUGGAAACAUGUAUUAUCCCGUACCAGUCACUUUUCCUAUGGAUUUCAGGAUUUGUGCUGGCUGUAAUAUGGAUAUUGGCCAUGGAAGAUUCCUGAACUGUCUUAAUGGGCUUUGGCAUCCUGAAUGUUUCCGAUGUUACGGUUGCAACCAGCCGAUUUCUGACUAUGAGUUUUCAACAUCUGGGAACUACCCUUUUCACAAGGCUUGCUACAGGGAGAGAUAUCAUCCAAAAUGCGAUGUUUGCAGCCACUUUAUUCCAACCAACCCUGCUGGUCUUAUUGAAUAUAGGGCACACCCCUUUUGGAUCCAGAAGUAUUGUCCUUCUCACGAACACGAUGGUACACCAAGAUGUUGCAGUUGCGAGCGGAUGGAGCCACGGGACACUGGAUACGUUGAACUUAUUGAUAGACGAAAGCUUUGCCUUGAGUGUCUUGAGUCAGCAGUCAUGGAUACCAACCAAUGUCAACCCCUGUAUUUGCAGAUACAAGAAUUUUAUGAAGGACUUGACAUGAAGGUGGAACAGGAAGUUCCACUGCUUUUGGUUCAGAGGGAGGCGUUGAAUGAAGCCAGAGAAGGAGAAAAAAACGGCCAUUAUCACAUGCCGGAAACAAGAGGACUCUGCCUUUCGGAAGAGCAAACUGUUAGCACUGUAUUAAAACGGCCGAGGAAUGGGAGAGGUAACUGGGCUGGGGAUAUGGUUACAGAGCCGUAUAAAUUAACAAGGCAGUGUGAGGUUACAGCCAUUCUCAUCUUGUUCGGGCUUCCUAGGUUGCUCACUGGCUCCAUCCUAGCUCACGAAAUGAUGCAUGCAUGGAUGCGGCUAAAAGGGUUUCGAAUGCUGAGCCAAGACGUUGAAGAAGGCAUAUGCCAGGUUUUGGCACACAAGUGGUUAGAGUCCGAGCUUGCUGCUGGUUCAGGAAGCAGCAACAGCGCUUCAUCCUCUUCUUCUUCUUCUUCAAGAAGAUCUAAGAAGGGUCCGAGGUCUCACUUCGAGAGGAAGCUUGGGGAAUUCUUCAAGCACCAGCUCGAGUCUGAUGCAUCUCCAGUUUAUGGCGAUGGGUUCCGAGCCGGGAGGCUCUCCGUACAGAAGUACGGCCUCAGGAGAACACUUGAGCAUAUUCAGAUGACCGGAAGAUUCCCCAUUUGAAGACGUCUCUCGGUUGGUUCACAGAACCAUAGACAGGCUCGUGCUUGAUAGGUUUAGGAUCUUUGUCUUGAUUUAUGGUGAUUGUUUUUCUUCACCUUUGCUUGUGGGUUUGAUGAAAUUUACGACAUUGUUCUUAUGCGAUGAAUAAUAAUGUCAUUUGAUGAUUCUUUUUUAAAUGGUUCAUG